UGAUGUCCCAGCAAUUUUGUCAUCUCUGUGGAAGAAGUUAGACCAUACACUUUCUCAGAUCAGAGCUUCCAUGAAGUAAUGUCAUAGUCAUAAAUUUGAUGAAAGCAGGAUCUCCUUUGAAAUCAACUUGGAUUCUGAAGUAUUUAUGUAUGGAGUUAUAUGUAAAAUCAGAAUUUCUCUGGGAAGGCAUCUCUAUAGUUAUAAAAGAUAAUUGAUAAUUGUAAAAUAUUAUAUAUAGCUUUCUUAAAUAUAUUGAGUUCCUAAAUUCAAGUCAAAUUGUACUCAUAGUGGGAUGUCAAGGCUCUCUAAUGCUUAUUACACUGGAUAGAAACUUGGUUAUUAAAAUUAUGUAUGUGUGUAUGUUUAUAUGCCAUUGUUUUUCUCCUAAAGCAAAUAAGAUUUGGUUACCUAGAAAAAAUGCUUAUCUUUUUUGUCUGAGAGAGAUUUCUUGCCUUUUGACUCAUAAUUUACUUAAAGUCUGACUGUAACUAAAUCAGAAUGUAUUCGGCAACAGAAGUUUUUUAAUGUCAAACUACUUUUGUUUAUUAGGAGCAUGCAAAGUUCCCCAGGCUUUGCUGCCAGUCAGAGAGCCCGAACAAGAAGUGGAAUUGCGGAAAUCAAACGGCAGAGAAGGCUUGCAUCUCAAGCAGCUCCUGUCAGUUCAGAGUUGCUGACUUUACCGUAUCUUUCAGGGCAAUUUACUAAUUCUCCUUUGACAGCUACACAAGUUAUUCGGCCAACUGGCCAGAUUUCAACUCCUUUGAGGUCAAAUUUUGUAGUGGUCAGCCAUUCACAGUCACAAGACACUAUGACCCCUGGAGAGGCUUUAAAUAUCAUUCCUGGUCCUCAGGAAAGGAAAACUCAUGCCAGUUUAAUGUCUCCUGGUAGACGCAAAAGUGAAUCUCAAAGGAAAAGUAUCACUUUGUCUGGACCUCAUUCAACAAUACGGAAUUUCCAGGAUCCAAAUACAUUUGCAGUAGAAAAACAAAUGGUUAUUGAAAAUGCUCGAGAAAAAAUAUUAAGCAACAAAUCUCUUCAAGAAAAACUUGCAGAAAACAUUAAUAAAUUUUUGACUAGUGACAACAAUAUUGCUCAAGUACCUAAGCAAACAGAUAGCAACCCUAGUGAACCAGAGACUUCAAUUGAUGAACUCCUGGGACUUCAGAGUGAAAUCCACAUGUCUGAAGAAGCUAUACAGGAUAUAUUGGAACAGACAGAAUCCGAUCCAGCAUUUCAGGCACUCUUUGAUCUAUUUGACUAUGGUAAAACAAAGAAUAAUAAAAAUAUAUCACAAGGCAUUUCCAGUCAGCAUAUGGAAACCAAUCUCAAUGUAGUCUUAGCAGGUGAAACUAAUCUAGCAGUUAAAGGUUCUUUUGAAACAGGAGAAUCUGAUGAUCAAUCUAGUCAACCCCCAUAUUGUACAUCCUAUCAAAAUGAAGACACAUCAAAUGUUUUGAAGAAUGGCAGCAACCAUGAUGAGCUUAGACAGGAAGCCCAGGAACAUUUUUCCCAGAUAGACUCUAGCAUCCAGAAAAAGGCCUUUAAAACAGUAGUAUCUACUGAACAGAAGUGUAACCUUGAUAUCACCUUUGAGUCUGUGCCUAAUUUGAAUGACUUUAACCAAAGAGUAAACUCUGAUGCUGAAUGUAAUCAGCAUUGUGCUGAAUUAUACACCAGUCAGAUGUCUACUGAAACUGAAUUGGCUAUGGAAGUUGAAAAGAAUUCUUUGUCUCCAAGUGUGCAGAAUGAAUCUCGAUUACAGCCUGAUCAGUCUGAUAUACCAAUAACUUCAUUUGUUUCCCUUGGUGGUGAAACUAACAAUGCGAACUUAAUUCUCUCUGGAAAAACUUCUCAGCUUUUAUCCCAAAAUAUUCCAUUAACUGGAAAACCAUCUAAAAAAGGUCAAUUUUGUGAAAGUUCUGACGAUACAAGAAGACUUACAACUAAUUUCCAUGGUUCCAAGUCACCAGAUUCUAGAGAAAUUCACCAGAGUAAAAUUGAAAUUAAUAAUGUGUUACCAGUUGCAUCACAGCAACUUUCAGAUUGCCAAGAUAAUUCUUCGCUUCAAAGUAAAAUAUUACCUGUGUCUGUUGAAGGUUCGGGUUUAACUAUAUCUGAACAAAAAGUAGAAAUUCACCUUGGAGAUUCAGUAUCUUCAAUCAAACAACCAUCUAAUGAUUCAUCAUCUGUUAAGUUAAAUCAUACAGAUCAUGAACCUCAGCCCUCCACGUCUGAGAAAGUUGCUUUGGGUUCACAAGAGCCUUCAUCUUCUGUAAAAGAAGAUGGAGAUAGUAUUUUUCUAUCUUUAGGUGAAAAUAACUGUGAGGAAGUUACAUUGAUAUCCCCAGAAGCUAAUCCUAUAGAAGAUAUACGUUCUCUUCCUUCAGAAUCUGUGUGUUCUUCAAUGAGGGAUUCUCACCCUGAGUCCCAGAAUACUAGUGAUAAACCUGCUGGCAACAAGUCAGCAGAGAUAGAUGCAUCAAAUAUAGUCUCUCUCAAAAUUAUCAUCAGUGAUGAUCCAUUUGUUUCCUCAGAUUCUGAACUUAACAGUGCUGUUUCUAGUAUCAGUGGAGAAAACUUGCCAACUAUAAUUUUGUCUUCUCCUUCUAAAUCACCUGCCAGAAAUGCAGAAUUAGUUAAAUGCCUGUCUUCAGAAGAAACCACAGAUGCUAUUUCAUCUGCUGAAGGAAUUGGGGAUUCAGCCUCAAUGGAACAGAGCCUUUUAGCACUCAAACCUGAAGACUCUACAGUAAACAACACUCAGAAUGAAGAGAGCAUUGCUUUUUCAGCCAAUGUUACACCAUGUGUUUCCAAGGAUGGAGGAUACAUACAGUUAAUGCCAGCUACAAGCACAACUUUUGGCAAUUCAAAUAACAUUCUGAUAGCUACUUGUGUAACUGAUCCAACAGCCUUAGGAACAACUGUCAGUCAGUCAAAUGUGGUGGUGUUGCCUGGAAAUUCUGCACCUGUGACUGCUCAACCACCACCUCAGUUACAGACACCCCCAAGGUCAAACAGUGUAUUUGCUGUUAACCAAGCUAUGUCACCCAGCUUUUCACAAGGAUCUGCCAUUAUAAUUGCUUCUCCAGUCCAACCUGUACUUCAGGGAAUGGUGGGAAUGAUCCCUGUAUCUGUGGUUGGACAGAAUGGAAAUACCUUUUCUGCUCCUCCUCGGCAGGUCCUUCAUAUGCCUUUGGCAGCACCUGUUUGCAAUAGAAGUAUCCCUCAAUUCCCUAUCCCUCCAAAAUCUCUGAAGACUCAGGGACUAAGAAACAAGCCUUGUACAGGAAAACAGGUAAAUAAUUUGGUGGAUUCAUCAAGUCACUUAGUUGGAUGUCAUGUACAACGAACUGAAGUUCCUGACAAGAAUAUGGCCACAGAUCUUGGGAAAAAAUUGGAAGAAAUAACAGUUCCCUUCUCAGUAGAAAGUAUAGUUCCAACUAGCAAAACCUUUGAAAGCCACAGGCGUGUGCUCUGUUUUGAUAGCACUGCUUCUCCUGUGGCGAAUACACAGGGGACAAAUCAUAAGACGGUGUCCCAAAACAAAGAAAGGAAUGACAUUUCAUUUUCUAAUCUUGACUCACCCAUUGUUUCCUCCACCUUAAAACCCCCUUCUAAUAACGCUCUCAAAAGAGAGAGAGAGAAACCUCCUGUGCCUAAGAUUUUAUCUAAAUCAGAAACUGCCAUUAGCCGACAUACCAUAAAAGAAACUCAGUCAGAAAAGAAAGUUUCACCCACAGAAACUAUACUUGAAUCUUUCCAUAAAGCAACAGCUAAUAAGGAGAAUGAACUAUGCAGUGAUGUGGAAAGGCAGAAAAAUCCAGAAACUUCAAAACUGUCUAAUGGGCAGCAAACUGGGGGUGUACGGAAUGAGAAAACUAUAGCUUCACUGCAAGAGCUAACCAGAAAACAAGGCACAUCCUCAAACAGUAAAAAUGUCAUUUCAGUAGGUGCACCUGUGAAGGAUUUAAAACAAGAACAAACCAAGUCUGCCAGUUCUUUGAUUAACCCACUCACCAAGCAUACCACAGAAAUGUUACAAGAUAUUCAGUGGCAUAGCCCAGUAAAUAGACUCGCUGAUAGUACUGACUUAUCUGUACCCCGGACAUCUGGCUCAGGAGCAGGGGAAAAACAUAAAGAAGAACCUACAGAUGUUAUCAAGGUCCCUUCUAGUAGGCGUUAUGGUGAAGAGAGUAACACACCCAAAGUAAUGGUCCCUCCUGUCACCCCAGACUUGCCCGCCUGCAGCCCUGCCAGUGAAACAGGGAGUGAAAACAGUGUAAACAUGGCUGCCCAUACAUUAAUGAUUCUCUCCAGAGCAGCCAUCUCUAGGACUACUUCAGCUACUCCUCUAAAAGACAAUACACAACAAUUUAGAGCAUCUUCAAGGAGCACCACAAAAAAGCGGAAGAUCGAGGAAUUAGAUGAGCGUGAACGACACUCCCGUACUUCUAAUAAAAGUCUUGCAAAUUCAUCAAUACCAAUGAAAAAGAAGAAAAUUAAGAAAAAGAAGCUACCCAGUUCAUUUCCAGCUGGAAUGGAUGUGGACAAAUUUUUGUUAUCAUUGCAUUAUGAUGAGUAAAUAUUCUGAACAUAUAAGAACAGUAGCUAUUUAAAACUACUAUUCCUUAAACUAUGAGUGUAGGGAAUGAGAUACUGACAGAAUCUGAAAGCAUGACCUGCACUUUCAUUGUACUGAAAUUUCACUUUAUUUCUAAAUCAUGCUGUUUCUAAAGCAGCUUCCUAGUUUGUAAAUAGCUUUACCUUGGUAUAUUUUUAUUGUGGAAAAAACAUUUGCAGAAAUGUGAGUAAAGCCAAUCUGCAAAACUGUAUAUCCUUGACAAUUGUAUAUUGUAAAUACUGUGUAAAUCUUGUUGAAAUAGAGCUUAAAUCAACCUAAUGUUCUUACAUUGUAUUUUUUGGCUUCUUAUGAUCUCUAAUUCUGAGGCUUAUUCAUCUGGAAUAGUUUCUCACUUUGAGUGGGAAAAGUAUACUUUUCCUUAUAAAUUGCCUUCAGUAAUUGUCCCACAAGAUAUCUGAAGACAUAGCCACUAAUUAGUACAAGAGUGAUAAUCAAUUCAAAUGGUAAUAAAGUAACCAGAAAUUAACAAUUUGGGGUUUUUUCUAGAGUGAAUACUUUGCCGCCCCUUCUUAUAAUUGCAGUAAAGAUAAUGUUCCUAAAAUUGUACACUUUAUUUCUUCUGGUUGUUCUGAUCUCUUUGUUUUAAAGAGAGAAUUUUGUAAACCAUUUGAGUGUUCUGAUCUUUUGUUUAUAACUUUUAAGAUCUUUUACAUAACUUUAAGCGUUUAGACUGUUGAGCCAUAAAAAGUUUGGUUAUGUAGUAGUUGAGAUUUCUUGGUAUGUAUAUACUUUUCCCCUAAAUACUGGGGAUUUAAAGAACUGCACUAAUUCAUAGAACUUUUUACAUAGUAGAGACCAAUGCACAUUUAAUUUAAAUCUUGUGUUCUAUGUUAAAGCUUGUAUGCAGGAUUAUCUUUUGUCCUUUUAGAAAGCCAUGUCCAUCAUAAGAUGUAAAAAGAGAAAUCAUAGUUUUCUAUUUUAAUUUAGUUUCUCCUAAAAUGGGCUGUGUUACACUUGGAUAUAGUACGUUGUCUCUGUACCCCUUAAAGUAUUAUAGAGUUUCUCUCAGAAAGUCCUUAAGGAGAAUGAAAGAGGUGCCUUCUCUGUAUUAGACUCACACACAUCAGUCAAGUUGAAGAACUGGUUUAAACCUUUAAAUGAGUACAGAAAUUAUAAUUCGUACCAAUUGUGCCUAGAUAUUAAAGUAUGUUCUCUUAAGUGCUUUCUGUUUUGUUAAAUAUCAGUAUACUAAGGGUUUUUUCUGCAGGUGUAUAUAUUUAUGAGUCAUUUUCCUCAACCAUUUUUUUUUUUAAUACUGGGCCUUUAAAAAGCUAAAUCCAUCACUACAUUUCUCAAUUUGGAAAUCACGUCUUACUAGCUGAACCUUACUGCAGAAAUUUGUGUUGUAAUAAAUUUUUAUGAUGUGGCAGUGGUCUAUUCCUAAGGAACCAGGAAUUAGUACAGUUAAUGUUUAUUUAACUCAGCUUGAUACUGUACUACAGUUAGGUUUGAAUAAAUAUUUUCAUUAACUUCAAAAGUUUGAAUUCCUUCAUAUUGGCAAUCAUUCUCUUUUAGAUACUUUGAAGAAAUUCCUU